UAUACACUUUGGAUGAUUUAACAAAUUUAGAAAAAUAUAGAUAAAACGCGAGCAAUUUUCGAUUACAAUAGGAAGAACCACGAUGGCGUGCGGGCUGUGUAUUUUAUUAUGGGUGGCUGCGGUGUUAGUAGUCAUAAAAUUGUAUGUGAAAUUAACUACAGGGUGGUGCAGAAGCAACGUGUGUUUAGUUGGGAAAACCGCCAUUGUUACCGGAGCUAAUACAGGAAUUGGAUACGAAACGGCUGAAGACUUGGCCAAACGAGGCGCAAGAGUAAUUUUGGCUUGCCGGGAUCCGACAAGAGGGCAGGACGCGGCGGAAAAAAUAAUCAAAGCCACCGACAACAAAAAUGUGGAAGUUAAGCUCCUGGACUUAUCUUCUUUUAAAUCCAUCCGGCAAUUUGCUAGCGGUAUAAUUGCAACUGAAGAAAGGCUGGACAUUUUAGUUAAUAACGCAGGACUCGGAAGUAAGGCCGAUAAAAAGACCGAAGAUGGUCUGUUGCUGGUCAUGCAGGCCAAUUAUUUUGGGCCCUUUUUGCUAACUAAUCUGUUGCUCGCAUUCAUAAAGAAAACCCCAAACGCUCGUAUAGUGAAUGUUGCAUCAGCAGCAGCAAAGCACGCUGCUGGAUUAGAUGUACAGAACCUGAACACUAUUCGACAUGAUCGAGCAGGACAGGGUUUUGCACUUUACAGUAGGAGUAAAUUGUGCAACAUUCUUUUCACUCUAGAAUUAGCCAAAAGGCUACAGGGCACUACUGUAACAACGUACUCUUUGCAUCCGGGUGUAGUGCUAACUGAUAUUAUGAGGCGGGUGCCUCAAACGCUGCGAUUCAUAAUAGAACAGGUCAUCAAUUGGUUUUGCAAGAGUCGCUUGGAGGGAGCGCAAACAACGAUCUACUGCAGUGUGGCCAAAGAAAUUGCGUCCCUAUCGGGAAGACACUUUCACGAUUGUCACGUCGUAGACACCUACAAAACCGCCCAAGACCCUGAUAUAUCGAAGCAAUUGUGGAAGGUAUCUGAAGAGGUGGUUAAAUUAAAUAGGAACUAGGUAUUUUUGCCUGUAAGUAUUUAGAUAAUAUACUUAUCAGAUUGGA